GAGAGAAGGUGGGAGAUUUGGAUGAUGUGGUGCGAGGCAGAACUGAAGAAGAUAAUAAGGAGAAACAGAACCCCCCACUCGGACACGUGGCAGCCUCACUCGCCGUAAAAUUCCACCGCCGGCGCCUAAGCCAAGAGUGCAGGAGAAAUGGUGUCAUUGCAAGAGUUUCAAACAAUCCAUCAUUCGUGCUUUCCCCGCGCAUCCCCUCAGCUAGGAGGAUUGUUUAGAAAUGUCCAAAAUCGCAGGCACGCUUCCUUCCUUGUCAGAUCAGAGCAAGUGCCUGUGGCUUUAACUUCCUCUUCCCCAGAUCAACCACAAAGGCGUCAAGUACUUGCCUUGGGAGCAAUUAUUUGCCCCUUGUUGAUUUCUAUGCAGACUAAGACAUCGUUUGCUGCAGAAAGUAAGAAGGGAUUUCUGCCAGUCACUGACAAGAAGGAUGGAUACUCUUUUGUCUAUCCCUUUGGGUGGCAGGAAGUAGUUGUCGAAGGUCAGGACAAGGUUUUCAAAGAUGUUAUCGAACCACUAGAAAGUGUGAGUGUAAAUGUGUUCCCGACUACCAAACAAGACAUUCGGGACUUUGGUUCUGCACAAGAAGUUGCUGAAACUUUAAUAACAAAGGUUUUGGCUUCACCUUCUCAGAAAACAAAACUCAUUGAGGUGAAAGAGCGUGAUGAAGAGGGGAAAGCCUACUAUACGUUUGAGUUUGUUGCGAAAGCACCAAAUUUCACUCGCCAUGCUCUCACCGCAGUCUGCAUAGGCAAUGGUAAGAUCUAUACAUUGACAACCGGGGCGAAUGAGAGGAGAUGGGAGAAGAUGAAAGACAGACUGCAUACUGUGGUGGACUCCUUCCAAAUUUUCAAUGUGUAAUUUGCACCCACAUCUUCAUUGUUUGUAUCCCAAAUUUCAUAAGAUAUUAUUGUCUGAGAUGAUGAGAUUAGAGGCUUUAAUUUGUAAUCAAUUUAGAUAUGAGUUUACAGAGGGUUCUGUAUCUGUUUAGAGUAAAACUCAGAUCUCACAUUUGGAAGGUUUAUACAUAUUAUGAUGAUUUAAGAUUUACACAUUCCGGCA